AUGGCUUCCCUGGCAGUUCUCGGUGUCGGUGUCGCAACCGCAGCGUUUCUUGGGCGUGCCGGGCUAUUAGCCUUCAGGCGAUCACGGGGUGAAGCAGUUGGCGCUUUUGGAAAAGCGUACUAUAAGGGUGGUUUUGAGCCCAAGAUGAAUCUUCGAGAAGCGGCCCUAAUCCUCCAGCUUAAUGAAAGAAACCUGACGAAAGAAGCCAUCCGUAAAAACCAUCGAAUGCUAAUGAUGUUAAAUCACCCAGACCGAGGCGGUAGUCCCUACUUGGCCACGAAGGUCAACGAAGCUAAAGAAUUCUUAAAUAAGAACAGCCGUCGCUAA